CUCUAAAAUCUCCCAACGAAUCUCUCGCCCGUUCUCUCUCUCUCUCUCUCUCUCUCUCUCUCUGCCCUCCGCCGCCGCCGCCUAUAUUCGAAUUCUCCGGCCAUGGCGGAAUCCGACCAACAGAAAGCGCCAUCUCUAGCUGAGGAAUGGUCAUUACCACAAAAUGAGCAAGAGCCAGUGCAGAACGAGGCUCCUAUUGAAAAAGCAGCUGAAGAUGAGAAGCCAGCUGAAAUUGCUUCCGAUGCUAUUGUUGAGGACAAAGUUGAUGAAGGCCCUGCUGCAGAAGAAAAUACUCCUGUUGCUGAAGAGAGUAAUGAAACUCCUGAGGAAGAAGUGGCAGAGGUGGUAGAAUCUGAAGAAGCCACUGAAGAGCAGCCAGAAAUAAAGAUUGAGACAGCUCCAGCAGAUUUUCGUUUCCCGACUACAAAUCAGACAAGGCAUUGCUUUACUCGCUAUGUUGAGUACCACAAAUGCAUAGCUGCUAAAGGGGAGGAUGCUCCUGAGUGCAAUAAGUUUGCAAAAUAUUAUCGUUCACUUUGCCCUGGUGAAUGGGUGGACCGAUGGAAUGAGCAAAGAGAGAAUGGAACCUUCCCUGGUCCUCUGUAGAUGGCUACGACAAACAAUCAUCGGUGAAAUCUAUCGCCUCACUUUCUGGGCGGUGGAAAUUUCAUUUUGCAAUUUAGAACUGAGAAGAGACAUUUGAACGAACCCCUUUGUGGGGAAACUGAUCGAAUAAAUUUUUUUGCUUGUACUAAGUUAAAAGAAUAUUUUCAGCACAUGAAGGAAACUGAAAGGCAACUGUUUCAGGAAUUGCAGUUCUUGCUUGACAGCAGCAUUAAGAUGCUAUAAUACCAAAUUUGGGACUAUUUUCUUGAGCAACUGUAUCUUGUUGUGUUAUCUUAUAUAUAUACUAAUUUACUUGAAGCAUA